AUGUCAUUUCAUCACCUUCAUCAUCAUCAUCUUGCCGAAAAUUCCUGGCAGGAUCGAUCAAAUCAUUUUGGUAAUGGAUCAAAUGGUCAGAAUAAUUCCGAUCGAUCAAAUAAUCAAACAUCAUCAAUGUCUCUUCCAUCGUCAUCGAAUUCGGGUGGAAUCGAUUUUCAACCACCGUACUUUCCACCACCAUUUUCAAGUGUUUCACAUCCUACACAUCAACAUCCAUUUGAUCAAGUUCAAUCUAAUCAUUCGCAUAAUCUUGAUUAUACAUCAUCAUCGCCCCCAUUUUCAGAUAAUCAAACGUCUCAAUCAUAUAAUUCUUUAGUUCGUUCAUCAGGUGUAAAUAUUGAUGAAUCAACAACACCAUUAAGUCAUCCAUAUGGUGCCUAUGCUGAAUAUGCAGCAUCGUAUUAUAGUCGGCAUGCUAUGGUACUUGAUCCAGAAUCAUUACAACUUUAUCGAAGUGGUCUAUUGAGUAGUGAUCCAGCUGGUACAGCUGCUUUUCGAGUUCCUGGUCUUGAUGAUAGUGUUCCACCUGCAAUUUCUGAACAUUAUCGAGCAUCGCUUCACCGAGAUUUACGUCGUGGUGAUACAAAAGAAGGUAUUCAAUUAAAUUUAGGCACUGGUAAUCGACCUAUUACUCCAGCAGAUGUAUUUUGUAGUGUACCAGGACGAUUAUCAUUACUGAGUUCAAAUUCAAAAUAUAAAGUUAGUGUUGCUGAAGUUCAACGACGUCUUUCACCACCCGAAUGUCUUAAUGCAUCUUUACUCGGUGGUAUUUUAAGAAGAGCAAAAUCAAAAAAUGGUGGAAGAUUAUUACGUGAAAAACUUGAAAAAAUCGGUGUAAAUCUACCUGCCGGACGACGUAAAGCAGCUACGGUUACUCUAUUAACAUCACUUGUCGAAGGUGAAGCUGCUCAUCUAGCACGUGAUUUUCAUUAUGUAUGCGAUCAAGAAUUUCCAUCACGACAAUGUGCAGAAAAUACAGCUCGCCAAUAUCAUUCAAUAAAUCAUCUACAAGAUCCAUCGGCAAUAUCAAAACGUAAACAAAAUAUUCUCGCGACAAAGCAAUUAGUUAAAGAAUUUACUGAUUUAUUAACUCAAGAUCGCUCCCCAUUGGGUACAAAUAGUCGUUUGGCAUCUGUUCUCGAUGUAUCAUUUCAACGACAUUUAACAAAUUUUUCUCUUAUUACACAUGGUUUUGGUACGCCAGCAAUUAUCGGUGCAAUGUCAGCAUUACAAAAUUAUCUUACUGAAAUGAGUAAAAUAUGUGACAAACCUAUGGCAGGUUCUGUUGAAAAUAAAAAAGACAUUGAUAUUUUAAAUGACAAAACUCGAUAG